AUGACAGAAACCAGCGAAAUUGAGAUAAGAAAUGGGUCCCUGGUGUUUAAGGCUCCCAGUGUGAAAAACGACUAUAACGGAAGAUACCAAUGUGAAGUGAAGAACGAAGAAGGGAUACUACUGAGUCGAGUGGCCAGAUUGACUUAUGCAGAUUUUAACCCGGUCAUUUCACCCAAUCAGGUGCCAAUAAUUGCUGUCGAGUAUACCUGGGUGGUUAUUAACUGUCCCUUGAAAGAGUUUUCAUAUCCAGAUAUCAGCUAUACAUGGAUGAAAAAAACGAUACAAAACUUUGAAUUUGUGGAUCCCAACUCAAUGGACACGUUCGUUUCUUUAGAUGGAUAUUUAUAUAUUAGCGAAGUUAACAUGGUGCACGCUGGAAAUUACUCGUGUAAUAUCAUGUUUAGAACAAUAGAAGGAAAUGGGAUCUAUUUAGGGGACGCCAAUUCCAGCGCCGAGAUGAGUAAAGAAAGGCCCCUGAAAGUCAACAGAGAAGAGGUGGAUGAAAUACCGUUUGAUAUAGUACAGGGCUUUCCUAAAGUUUUUCCAAUACAACCAAAACUGAAACAAACUGUAGAUUUUGAAUGUGUAGCUCACGGAAGGCUACCAAUAGAAUACUCGUGGAAACAUAAUGAUGAAGAUAUAGACGUGAAUAACACCCAGUUUAAAGACAGAGUUCAGUUCUCUGAUGGUAAUCGCAGGAUGAAGAUCUCACACCUGAGACUGAUGGAUGAGGGGAACUAUACCUGUAUAGCUACCAGUGGGGUUAAUGAAACCUCUAAAUACAUGACUCUAGAGGUGAAAGGUGUACCAGUGUUUUCAGUGAAACCAUCAGAUCAUACAGGCUACACCAAUUCAUUUGUAAAACUCAACUGUUUGGUGUAUGAUCCAGCCAGCCCUACCACACACUGGUUAAAGAACGGAAAACCAUUAAAAAACAUCUCCGAUCAGAUCUAUGUUGGUUCUGAAAGCUUGAUAUUGUUUUCUCCAACAAUCGGCAGGGAUGAGGGAAUUUAUCAAUGUUCCGCUACCAAUAUAUUCGGAACUGUUUAUUCAUCUGCAGCAGUCAUUGUUAAAGAACCAAAUCCUACCAGUGGUUCACAAUUUUUACAUUCCAGAAACAUUUUAUUACCAAUAGUACUUUUACUUGUGUUAUUAUAUUUACAAUGGUCUUGA